AUGGCUGUUGUAGAUGCGGAAUAUUGUUUUACGUCAGUUUACAUUGGAUCAUAUGGUAGUGCUAGUGAUUCACAUGUGUUUGAAAGAUCAAAUUUUGGUAAAAAACUAAACCAAGGUAAACUUAACAUACCACCUAAUCAGCCACUACCAAACGAUGACACAGGUGUUCCAAUGCCCUUUAUUUUUGUUGCGGAUGAAGCAUUUGCAUUAUCAGAUCGUGUACAACGGCCAUUUGGGCGACGGAAUUUAACUAUAGAAAAAAAAAUUUAUAACUAUCGGCUCACUAGGGCCAGAAGAAUGGUCGAGUGCGCAUUUGGCAUCAUGUCCAACAAAUGGCGAAUACUUCAUAGAGCAUUAGAUGUGAACCUUUCAUUUUGUGACGCAAUUAUUCAGGCUUGCUGCAUUCUUCAUAACUAUGUACGCCAAAGAGACGGUGUAAGAUUUGAAGAUACACUGUAUGAAUGCCUCCUGACAGAAAUGAACCCAACGAAUGUGCGUGGCAAUCACAUUGGUACAACGACAAGAGAAUAUUUCGUGAAAUAUUUCACUUCACCCGGGGGAUCAAUUCCUUGGCAGUAUGAAAAAAUUUGA